GUUCCUAUUAUCGAGGUAUGUCUGUAUUAGGAUGCGAUGCUUGAAUCAACUGAUGCUUUAAUGCUAAUGCGAGGAAACAUUCCUAUACAGUGCAGUGAAAACACUGCACUGCACUAACUGUAAAACACCCCUUCUAUAGAAAAGUGCUCGUUGCCGCACAAAACCGUAUAACGAUGUGUUAUUGUUUUCAAACAAAUCCUUGCCUCAAUACCGAGUACUUGGAACGCUACAUGGAAGUGGUACCGGGCAGCAACGCCAAAAGCAUGACGCAUGUGCAUAAACUACUAGCCGCAGUGCGCAAUAGCGAGUCCGCUGCCUUUUGAGUUCCCAGCAUAAAACUUCACAUUUCAUGGCAACCGUAGAGCUGGGUAGGACGCGAACGGAUAUAGAUGCAGCGGAUACUCACUCCCGCUUCUUUCUACAUAAGCCAGCUGUUUUAACCAAGCGAGUCUUAUUUAUUUGACCAUGUUCUAUUUACGCUCUUGUUGAUAAACAGUUCAAAGUAUUAACGUUGUUUGUGUACGGGCAGUUGAGCUAAGAAAAGCACGAACAAAAGAAAACAUAAAAUUAACUUUUUAAGACAUUCGCCCAACGUUACCCCGAAUACUAUGGUCUAGUGCAAAUGUAUAUCGAUUUGUGAGACAGACAGUGUGAAGCAAUACCAACGGCACCGUAAGUCUUGACGUGCUCUGACCACCAGAAAGCCAGAAACAGCAUUUUCGGACUUCAAACCGGAAACGGAUUCAACUUUAUGCGCCAAGUUUACGUCGCCAUCAUAGCGCUUUGAGACGUCAUCAUUUCACGCCAUCGGGCGAAGUUAGCAUAACGCAUCAUUGAAAAAUAGGAAAGAAACAAACGAAUCUACAUUUUACUCUUCGUAUCGCUAAUGAACUACACGCUUUUCUCUUCGAUCGAGGUUCCUCUCCCUUUUGUCGCUGAUAGUUUAUUACGUGUUUCCUUCGAAUUUUUCUCUAUUGUGAUUGUUCAAAUCGGUAGUGUAUGCGAACAGUAACGCCAUACAUAUAUAUGUGUAGCAGCUAUUUGACGUGAUAGUGGUAAUAAAAGUAUACAUAACCCCCCUUGAACUGUUGGCUUACCACAUGAAUGAAUUAGGAGCCCGUAUGUCGACGGAGCGUAAUCAAAUCGUGUUGUGAAUCAUAUCACGCAAAUGUGUGUGAUCCAUUCGUAGGCCUUUUUAAUAGGACAAAGUAUUACGUACAAACAGAACAGACAAUAAUUGUGAUAUGCAUUAAAGUCUUGGCGUGCUGUUGUGGAACGAACAUAAACAUCAUCGACAACGUGCAAAUGAAUGCCAAGUGAAGAAUAAACAGAAACAAUAAUCAAAAAAGCUCGGUAAAUAAACAUUCAAACACAGUGAGAAAGAAAAAUCAGAUCGUAGAAACCCUCGCCAUUCAGUGGGUGGCGACGCGCGACGACGGGACCCGUGCCAGAGUCGUUCGAAGAAAAAUCCCACAGUACCACAAGAAGCGAAACAAAGACGGACUGCUAGCACGGUGUGCCUGCUGGUGGUGGUAGUGUGAUAUUAAAGUGCAAUAUAGCGACAGCAGAACAGCUCAACGAACCGAACCAUGAAUCCAGGCCAUUCGGGAACGUCAAGGCGACCCUAUUCACGGGGAGCCGCCCCAAGGAAUCGUUCCCGUAUGCCGUUCUCGCCUCAUCAUUCACAUCAUUCCAAUCGCAACCAUGGCGGUCACAGUCAGUCAUGGUACAACAAGGACAUGGAGAAUAGUUUCAAUUACGGUGAUAAUAACGGGAGUAGUCCUAAAGAAUCCUUCACAUAUUCACCAAAAUCCCCACCAAUGCAAUUACAUUCCACUCCAAUCACCAAUCGUCCAAUCUUAAUGCCUUACGGUGCAACUGAUGAUGGUAGUGUUAAUAAUAGAUCUCAACAAAUUCUUAGAGCCGGACCAAGUCAUAAUGACCGCCGUAAUAACAUGAGUAUGCUGGAUAGAAACCGGCAUACGAUGAGUGCUUCAACCGUUGAUCGACAUUCGGUAAGUCCCUCUAUUGCCCCGGUCGAUCCAAAAGGUACGGUACUUACAGAUCUGUUCUUGUUUCAGAAUCAUUUUGAAGGACCCUCAAAUUCUUCCCGCGGAUCUGAUCUGCAUCUGGAUACCAGAUCUGUACUGUCUCUGGAUGCAAUGCGAAAUGGCCGCGAAAACAACAGGGAGCGCAUUAGCCCGCCCUAUCACCAAGGAAAUAGUUCCCACUCAAAUAACCACCAAUCAUCGAGUCCUCCGUACGGGGCUGAUGCAAACAACGGAAUGAAAUCGGACAGUCCAUCACGCAAGAGACGUCGUGUUCAAAGGAUGCCUAGUCAGUCUCCACCAGCGAUUUGGGAACAUCGAAGAUCUCCUCGGAAUAACAAUAUUCAUCACAACAAUCAUCACAACCAUCCACCGUUGCAGCAACAGCAGCAUCAGUCUCUGCAUCCCAAUCAGCACCAUCAGAAUCCCCACAGCCAUUUGCAUCUGCCUCAACACCAACCUGGUCCAGCUCAACUCCAACAGGGCAGUCCCCCGUUACGCAGACCAAGAUUCCGUGAUCAACCACGUCCUUGGGAACCAAUGCCCCAGGUAUUCCAACAACCAUCACCACCUCAGCCGCCACAACACCAGCAUCCUUCUCUAAUGGUUGACAUUAAUCAAGUUCCUGUAAGCCUUCCACUGGGUCAUCAUGAACAGGUGUGGACGUAUUCCGCGGGACCACAUAUCUCAAUCUGCUCAGGUCAUCCAGCUGCACCACAUAUACCGCCUUGCCAGGUCCACGGAGUUUACUCACAACCGUUUGCUCAAACAUGUAACAUUGGUGGACACUUUGGUGCAUUCGCAUCUACUCCUGCUGCAUUGGCUGUUCCACAUCCACACCCACAUCCCCAUCCGCAUCCGCAUCCACCACCCCAUCAGCCACAUUACCAGCACCCACAUUUGGCCCAACAGCGAGCUGAUGGGUUUUCAUUGGAUGGUCUGGACCAUGCCACUGCUUCUCCGUUACAUGUGUCUCCAAUCGCCGCUGCGCAUAUCCAUUCCUCGCCUCAAAUGGCUCAAAUAUCUCCACCGCAACCAAUCUAUAUUUCGACCGAAACCGUGUUGAAUAUUCUUCAGGGCCGCACCAGCCAAUUCGAGCUGCUCCACAGAACGGCUCGACGCGCAAUAACAGCACCUCGUCGGAACUUCACCCGUUUCCACUGGCCAGCACCGCCUCCGUCCCACCCGCAUGCCCAUCCAGCUCACCGCCAUCCCAGUCUGCCACACCAAACGUUGGCUCCGCAGCCGACACAGGUUUCACUGUCCGCCACGCCGUCCGCCUACUCUGGCAUUCUGUUAAACUUCUUAGCCAUGUUCCCGUUGUCGACGUACGGUCAACCCGAUCUGAAUUCACCGGACUCGAACGAAACGGAAAAUUACGAAGCUCUGCUCAGUUUGGCGGAGCGUUUGGGUGAAGCGAAACCACGUGGUUUAGCGCGCCCGGAAAUCGAUCAGUUGCCAAGCUACAAAUUCAAUGCUGAAACUCAUACAGGGGAUCAAACAUCGUGUGUAGUAUGCAUGUGCGACUUUGAGGCGCGACAAAUCCUCCGAGUUCUACCAUGCUCGCAUGAGUUCCACGCCAAAUGCGUUGACAAGUGGCUUAGGUCCAAUCGUACCUGUCCUAUCUGCCGCGGAAAUGCCUCGGAAUACUUCGAGAGCAGCGAGGAGCCGUGAAUGGUAAGCUUCAUCAAACGAUAUAUCGAAGCUUUGCCCUCUUUAAAAUCAUCCCUUUCGGAGACCUGUUCCGACACAGUUUGUAGUAGACCGAAGCUGUUGCUUGAUAUCUGUGACAAUGCUGGAAAAUCUUUUCUCAAAUAAUGACGAUAAAAAAAGAUAAUAUCACUACAUGCAACUGUUCUAUCAUUGUAACGGGACUAAAAUGGUAGGGUUGCAUUGCAGGAAUAUAAUAUUAUGUAUACGUUUUCUUCGUUUGGCAUAUAACUACGGCUUGGCUAUCUCGCAAGUGAUUCGAACGCAUUUCAGAACUCUGCUGACUAAGAGAAUGCACCUAACCAACAACAAACAACAAGUUUAUAGUGUAUUUUAGAACGCGUGUUAGCACGUGUAUGGUUUACAAUAGUGUAUGUUAUAGUUUAAUGAGUAAGUUCAUUCUCAUACAAAAUAAGAACUGUUUCUUAAAACAAAUACAUAGACUUGAAAUUUUUGGAUUAACGUCAAAACGUUGUCUAGCAAAAUGCACCAGCCUCGAAGACAUUCUCAAGUAGCAAUAAAGCAAUUUUAUACCCAGUGAACCAUAUUUUAGAGCAGACAAAAAAAAAACUAGCAUUAAGUGGUUCUUACAAAAACACAUCUAUUCAUCUUUCCUUCCUAAUGAUAUUGAAUUCUAAAUUUUCUAUUUUCGGAAUAUGCUAAUGCGUGACAGAGGAAAACAACUACAUAACAUAUGGUGUGGAAAAUAAUACAACGCAUACUGUUAGCUUUAUAUUUGUAAUCAUUCAAUGUAUAAGCCCAAAAGAGAGCAAACAACAAAUAUUGGUGUGAUUGAAUCGUUAGUAGAUAUUUCGAAUCAAUUAUUCAAAGUAGUGAGACAGCAUAGAUUUUUUGCGAAAUUUUCAUCCGGGACAUCUAUAGCAACGGAAGACAUGCGAUGAAAAAGAACUGCUAAUCAUUCGGUUAUCAAUCGCCAGCAAGACAUGGCUAAGAAGUGAGUUUGACUAUUUUACUAUUCUAAUUUUCAGAAAUUUUUCAAAUAUUUCGACUACAAGUUACUAUUUCAAUCGUGCAUACGAUAGUUUGACUGUAGUUUUGAACGCAAUGCAGUACAUACUAGUUACUGAUUGUGACAGCGAGAUGGCGUUUCUAUGAUGCUCUGGCAGCAUCUAUAUACAGGGUGUUUGGUUCAUGGUUAAGAACCUAUCGGGGGGUGAUAGACUGUCAUAUUUGGAGAAAAAAUUGUUCUACAUAUACCAUCAAAUCUCAACCGUUACAGAGUUAUUGAACUUUAUUUGUAAAAAACUUAUUUGUCUUAAAAUACCUCUAACUCAAAAAGUAUGCUUUGUAUUUCAAAUAUUUUAGGUCCACUGGGAAGGUGAGAAAAUUUCGCAUUGAGUGAUGCCCUCACAUGUUUCAGCUAAUGAGUUUAAGUAGCCUUUUCAAAGUAAUUUAGUGAAAAUUAAACAAUUUUAAUCGAUUUUUCGUUCAUUUUUUGAAAAUCCUAAUAGUUAACCUUAUCAUUUUAAUAAUCCAGAUUGUUAGUCUUGAAGAGCUGCAUAAUUCGUUCUUUGACAUGAUACACUUACCUUUUCUUAUUGUCAUGAGUUUGGGUUAUUCAACUUGAAUAUUUUUAUCUUAUUUUCACUAAUACCAGCUCUAAUUGAAAAAGUAUGGCACUUAUUGUACUUUUUUUUUCUUUUUAUUCGAAAGCCAGGAAAAUUUUACAGAGAAAAAUGUAUGAAUACCUUUCACUUAGAAUUUAGUAUUCUUUUAAAAGUAAAUUAGUUUAAAGUUAGUGCUAUUAUUAGCAUUUUCGUUGUCUUAAAAUAGUAAAUAAUGAACAUCACCAUUAUUAUCAUGGAAAUAAUGCAUCUCAGCAAGUUCUACAGUUCUAUCUUUGACUCCAUUCAAUUAUCUCUUUUGGUUUCGACCCAAAUCGUUUUUAUCGCAUCGUUUCAUAUGCAAAAAUAACGAUUUCGAACCCACUAAAUUUGUGGCGAGGUCAUGCUGUGUUAACUAUUAAAUAGCAGCAAAAUGAAAAGAGAUAUAGACAAAGUGUCAAAUAAAAAGUUAUAGAGAACAUUAAGGGGCAUCAAAUGAACAAUAGUAACGAUAAAUUUUGUUGAUUAAUUAUUAGAAUAAUUAAAAAACUCUCAAAAAGCACAGAUUUUGAGUUAUUUCGUUAGUAAAAAAUCAUUUAGUACACUUAACUAAAAGAUAUUUGUACAUACACUGAUAGGACAUUUUCUCAGCUUUCCAAUAAAACCUUGUAAAUAACGAUAUAAAGCAUAUUUUUCAGAUUAGAGCCUUUUAAGCACUUGCAAGUCGGUUACAGGAAAAGUAUAGUAAUGCAAUCUCAAAUAAAUGAGAAGAGAUAGGAAUAUGUCGUCCAAGAACAAAUUAUUAACCGUCCUAACACCCAAUUUUUGGAUAAUGGAUAUUGCUAUAAUCAUACUUCAUUAUUUCGAGAAAAUUAGCAAAAACCUCCUCAAAAACACUAACUUUUAACUACUUUACAGCUAAAAGGAAAUUAAAACUAAUUAACUAAAAGAUAUGAGAGCACCAUUGAAUAGAAAAUUUUCUCACCUUUCGAAUGGAACUAAAAGAUUUAAAAUACAAAGUUUACAUUUAAAGUUAGAGGUAUUUUAAGACAAAUAAGUUUUUUACACAAAAAGUUCAAUAACUCUGUAUCGGUUGGGAUUUGAUGGUAUGCGUAGAACAAUUUUUUUCUCCAAAUAUGACAGUCUAUCAUCCCCCGAGAGGUUCUUAACCAUGAACCAAACACCCUGUAUAUUAUGUAGUUUCUUAAAGUUCGAAUUUGCACGACAUUCUGCAAACACUAUUCACCAAUUUUUGGGAAAAUGUUUAUAUCAUACAUAGACAAUUUUCUUAUCGCUGUUUUUUCAGUCUUAUUUAAAAAAAUGUGCCGCUAGUUGUUUGUGAAUUUGUUAGUGUUUUAGAAGUUCGUUGAUUGUUGAUGGAGUCGUCCUCUAUCUGUCCCGUUCAGUAAUGUACGAUUUGGAUGAUGCGACAAUGAGGAUUUUCACAAAACUGGAUAGCUAAUUGGAUAUUCGGUCUUACGUAAAAUCAAGUUAUCUAAAUCUUCUGUUUUUGAUUUACCUAAAAUGCAUUCCGGUGCAAGGAAUUUCAGAACUCUUUCAUUCUGUGGAAUAUUUAGCAUUAAUGCAAACUGCAAUGAAUUAUGUUCCAAUAAAAUAUCACAUUUUACUACUACCACAAGCAAAUUUAGUUAGCAAUUCGCGCAUUUGAUUGUUCCAUGCAUAGAUCAACUAUCUGCUUUGAAUUCUUUGACCAACAUGUACGUGUAAUAAAAGGUGUGCUAUUUCCCUAUUGUGAUACAUUUGCUAUAUAAAAUUAUAUAUGUAAUCAAGUUUCGUGAUGUUUGAUAACAAAAUCUAAAGAAAGUAACAGUAGUUCUGAACUAUGCCUAUCGGUCCAAGUAUAAACUCUCGUGAUGUUUCCACUGAUGACGUGGAAUUGCUAAAGGAACAAAAAUUCUGUCCGUCAAAUCCCGAUGGAGUUUGAAACAUUUGUGGUAAAGCGUUGAAAUCUGUUCGUUAGUAAACUUAUAACUGUACCUUAAUCUAAGUCUUCAGGUAUCCAGUGCUGAUUACUUCAAUGCUUCUUUUAGUUACAAAAAAAAAACGAAACGUUUGAGAUUUGUAUAUCUACGGUAUGCCACUUUUCGAAAAGGGUUUUCUGCUAUCUCGCCAGAGAAUCUUAAAAGUAUCACAUCCACAUGGAGAACAAAGAACGAAUCAACAAACAAAAAAACAGAAAAAUAUAACAAAGUAAUGUGUGCCAUUUUAUAUACUUUCAAAGUUACAGUAACCAUUACCAUUCUACGAAAAAUAUGCAACCGAAACGAAUCAAUACUGGGUAGAUGAAAAUAAGCAACAAAACUAUUUUAACAGCGAAACCUUUCCAAUAUAGUAGUGGUUCAGAUGACUAACUCGUAUAUAAAUGUAAAGUUGAUUUGUCUAGAUUUCUUAUACAUGGUAAACUCUCACAAAUAAUACAGGAACAUAGAUUUCGAAUGUCAACAUAAUACUUGCUUAUUGGAAACAGACAAAACAAGCAGAACUAUACAAGAUUCAAUAAAUUUGCAUUACCUAGAA